AUGGUGGUCGACCCCCAUCAUUGUCUUCGCCCCCUUUCUCAUCACCUCGCCGCCUCUGUCCUGUCCCUCCCGCAACGGUUCCGUGACCGGGUCGCAUCUCUGUCCAGGCCGACGUUGGCCCGACACCACUCCUCCCUCGGCCGCCGCCAGCGCCGCCGCCCUUUGCCGCCGUCCACCCCGUCGUCGCGCUCCUGCGACAGCCGCGGCACCAUGAUCCUUUCGCACCCGUUCACGCUCCUCUACCUGGGCCUCGCGGCCAUCUCGACCGCCUGCCUGCUCAGCACCACCGCCGACGCCGCCCAGAUCCAGAAGCCGGGACUGACCCAGUCGGCCAAGUCCAAGCAGCGCGCCGACGACAUCAAGAGCGCCUUUAGCUCGAGCUACAAUGCCUACCGCAGCUUCGCGUUCGGCUUCGACGAGCUGCGCCCGCAGUCCAAGGUGGGCGCCACGUCGUACGGCGGCUGGGGGGCCACGAUCGUCGACGCCCUCAGCACCGCCCACGUCAUGGGCCUCGACGACAUCUUCCAGGAGGGCACCAACUACGUAAAGGGCGUCGACUUCUCAAAGUCCAUCACCAAGGACGUCUCCCUGUUCGAGACCAACAUCCGCUACCUCGGCGGCAUCCUCUCGGCCUACGAGCUCGGCGGCAAAAAGGACAAGAAGCUCGUCAAGCAGGCCAUUGUCAUCGGCGACCACCUCCUCUCCGGCUGGGUCGACGGCAACGACCUGCCCUACAACAGCCUCAUCAACUGGAACACCACCGGCCGCCCCGACACGACCAAGGACGCCAGCAUCGCCGAGGCUGGCACCCUCAUCAUCGAGUUUGACCGCCUGAGCCGCUUCAGCGGCGACAAAAAGUACCUCGAGCACGCCGAGCGCGCCAUGCGCGCCAUCCUCAACGCGCCCGCCGUCUUCCCGGGCCUGCCCGGGCAGAACCUCGACCCCAAGGACAACUCGCCCACCAGCGACUACGUCACCUGGGGCGGCGGAUCGGACAGCUACUUUGAGUACCUGAUCAAGUACGCCUACCUGCUCGGCGAGGACACGGGGCCCUGGAUCCCUGCCUGGAUCAACGCCGUCAAGAGCUCGAUCCGCAGCCUCAUCACGCGCGCCGAGGGCACGUCGGCCAACCUGACCUACCUCACCGACUACUCGGCCUCCAACGGCGGCGUGCUGCCCCGCUUCUCGCACCUCGGCUGCUUUGCCCCGGGCAACUGGAUCUUUGGCGCCAAGAUGCUCGGCAUCCCGGAUUUCAACGAUUACGGCCUCGCCCUCGCAGAGAGCUGCAUCAACACCUACACGUCUUCGCCCAGUGGUAUCGGCCCCGAGAGCUUCGUCUUUGUGGGCUCCGGCGGCAACAGGCAGGGCAUCACGAUCAACGACGCCGACUUCUACCGCAAGCACGGCUUCGACUUUGAGGUGGUGCAGUACAUCCUCCGGCCCGAGGUCCUCGAGAGCGUCUUCUACGCCUACCGCACCACGGGCGACGAGCGGUGGCAGGAGCUGGCGUGGACGGCGUGGCAGGCCAUCAAGAAGCACUGCAAGGCGCCCGCCGCCUACGCCGCGCUGGUCAAUGUCAACUCGACGUCGCCCAAGCAGUACGACAACAGCCAGUCGUUUUUCUACGCCGAGACGCUCAAGUACCUCUACCUGACGUUUGCCGACCCCAACGACAUCAACCUGGACGAGUACGUCUUCACGACCGAGGCGCACCUGUUCAAGAUUGACGUGCCGGCCAAGAGCUACCACUCCGAGUGGGGCAGGAUCUCUGAGCCCGAGCAGCUCCAGAAGGGCGCGGCGGGCCACGGCCCCAACGACGGAAAGGCCAACGGCGGCAAGAAGCCGACGGCCACCAAGCCGUCAUCCGACGACGAGUCCAAGUCCAAGUCCAAGUCCAAGGUGCCCGUGCCCAAGUUUUCGUCGCUGCCCGACGCCAAGAAGAUGCAGGACCAGACGCUCGGCUCGCUCCUCGAGGUGUUUGGCGACCUCUCCAAGCAGUUUGGCGGCGGCGACGCUGCUGCUGCCAACGACGAGCUCCAGCGUCGUGGCCACGCCGACAAGCGCAAGCACCGCCAGUCCCACUUCCACGGAUAA